AGAGAACUUGCGAAAUGAAUGAAUAGCAAGAGCAAAAUACAAAACGGACACGUCAGACGGUAAUCUGUCAGUUCGCUUCAAUCAACUCGUAGGUUUGGUUUGAGUUUGGUGCCAUUAUAUCGUUUUCUGCAAUUGAGUGCUCGUGCCAAAUGAACUAGACGCAGAAUCGCAAUGCGAAUUUGUAUAUUACUCAGCUUGACGUGCUUUGUCGCGGUUUCCGUGGGACUUCCCGUAACCCAGCAAAAGGGUUCGUCAUCAACGGAAAAACCAGAAAAGCCAGCCGAAGAUGAUUUAACGAACGUCCUUGAGUACGAAAGGUACCUGAGGGAAGUUGUGGAAGCGCUCGAAAGUGACCAGGAGUUCCGGAAGAAGCUCGACAAAGCCCCAGAAGCAGAUAUUCGGAGCGGUAAAAUAGCCCAAGAAUUAGAGUAUGUUAACCAUCAUGUCCGUUCCAAAUUAGAUGAAAUCAAGCGACGGGAAAUCGAAAGGCUUCGUACGCUCGCCAACAAACAGUUUGAACUGUCCAAUGAUAUCGAUCGUGAACGGCUUAAGAUUCCCACUCAUGUUCAGCAUGAAAACGAACAUACAUUCGAAAUUGAAGACUUACGACGGCUAAUUCUUCAAACAUCGAACGAUUUAGCUGAAGCAGAUCGUAAACGACGAGAAGAAUUUAAGCAAUAUGAAAUGCAAAAGGAAUUUGAAAAGCAACAACAAUUGGAAGGGUUGGACGAGCAACAUCGCAAAGAGUACGAGGAAGAUCUGAAGAAACAGAAGGAAAAGCAUAAUAAACAUGAAAAAAUCCACCAUCCUGGCAAUCGUGCUCAAUUAGAAGAAGUUUGGGAAAAACAGGACCAUAUGGAAGGACAAGACUUUGAUCCUAAUAUUUUCUUCAGGUUGCAUGAUUUGGAUGGAAAUGGCUUCUGGGAUGAAAAUGAGCUUAAAGCGUUGUUUGUGAAGGAACUCGACAAAGUGUACAAGGAAGGCGUACCUGAAGAUGAUAUGCGCGAACGAACUGAAGAGAUGGAACGCAUGCGUGAACAUGUUUUUAAAGAAUCAGAUACCAAUCGUGACGGAUUGAUAAGUUUCCAGGAAUUCAUUGAUCAGACGAAACGCGACGAUUUCAAUCGGGAUCCAAGCUGGGAUACUGUAGAUAACGUACCUCAGUAUACACAUGAGGAAUAUCUAGAAUUCGAACGUAGACGCCAAGAGGAGAUUCAGCGAUUGGUCGCCCAAGGAGUGCUUCCACCGCAUCCGAACAUGCCACAUGGUUACUAUCCAAACGGCCAACCACAUCCUAACCCCAACCAACAACAAUUACAUUAUCAACAACAGCCUCAGUACCAUCAGCAACAAGUGCCACAUCAACAACAGCAACAACAAUAUCAUCAACAACAACAAUAUCAGCAGCAACAAUACCAGCAGCACCCCGGCCAACAACAAUAUCAGCCUCAAGCUCAACAAAAUCAUAAUCCACCGCAAGCACAACAGCAAUACCAGACACCUCCAGCACAACAACAACAAUAUCAACAACCACCCCAACAACAACAAUAUCAACAACAGCCUCAGCAGCAACAAUAUCAACAGCAGCAACAAUACCAGCAACCACAACAAAACCAACAGCCACCACAAAAUCAACAACAAACGCAAAAUCAACAACAACAGCCACCACAAAAUCAACAGCCACCACAAAACCAACAACAACAACCACCACAAAAUCAACAGCAGCAGCAACAGCCACCACAGCAGUAUCAACAACAACAACCCCAACAACCUGCUCAAACUGGAGGCAAUGCUCCUAACGUCAACGCUAUUCCAUCGGAUCCUAAGCAAAAUCAACAACAAUUGGGGAAACAUAAUUAAUUCAAUUGAAUUUCGAGAUUGUUAUUUAGAAAAACAAAUUCUGUGGUUGUAUGAAUUAUUCUUUUAUAUGAUCCUUUUUUUAUUAAACAAAAAUCAAAUGCAUAUCGCAUACGAAGCGAUAAGGACAAAAGUCAUUUUAUCACCUGUUGUAAAUAAUAUCAAAUAAACGUACAAUUUAGGAAUGAGUUUCUUAUUUAUGAAA